CUCCCGGAGUUUCGGUCCGAGCCUCCCAGCUGACCGAGGAUCAACAGAUCAAGAUUGCCGUGCGCAUGGGCCUAAUUGUAACCCUGCCUGUUCUUGCAUUUGAUGAGAGAAUAGUGCUUGGUCUAAUGUGUUCUCUAUCCGUUCUCCUCCCUCCCCCUCACACAAAAACUAGGUGCGUGAUAUGCAUGUGUGAUUACGAACUUGGCGACGAGCUACGUUAUCUGCCCUGCAUGCACACCUUCCACCGAGCCUGCAUUGAUGAUUGGUUGAUGCGUUCUCUAACUUGUCCAUCCUGCCUGGAGGAGCUCAAACCCCCAUCCAUUAUUACCACGCCACCUCCGCGAACUCACGCGACU